UUUCAUUAUUUGCGAUAUCUAAGACUCGACCUGUAAGAGGCCACUGAAGAUAGAAUGGAUUCCCCUCCGCGCCUCACAGUCCUCAUCUCCGGCAGCGGCACUAACCUCCAAGCCGUGAUCGAUGCCAUUGACGCCAAAACUCUCCCCGCAACAGUCGUGCGAGUACUGUCGAACCGAAAAGACGCAUAUGGCCUCGAGCGGGCAAAGAAAGCCGGCAUACCUACCGUAUACCAUAACCUACUAACAUACAAGAAAAAACACCCGAACACGGAAGAUGGUGUAAAGAAAGCUCGGGAGGAAUAUGACACCGCGUUGGCACGGAUAGUACUGGACGAUAAGCCUGACCUUGUUGUCUGUCUAGGGUUUAUGUAUGUGCUAUCAAAGAAGUUUCUGGAUCCAAUGGCAAAGGCAGGCUUAGAUACUAUAAAUCUGCACCCCGCGCUGCCGGGCGCAUUCAACGGAACUCAUGCCAUUGAACGCGCCCAAGAAGCAUGGCUAGAAGGCAAAGUUAAUAAGACAGGAGUCAUGAUACAUAAAGUCAUUGCAGAGGUUGAUAUGGGCGAGCCAAUCCUGAUACGCGAGAUCCCAUUUAUAAAGGGUGUGGAUGAAGAUCUGGAGGCACUCAAGGAGAGAAUACACAAGAUCGAGUGGGAAGUGGUGAUAGAAGGAAUAAAUAUCAUGAUAAAAAGGAUGGGGGAGGUAGCCCAAGAAAUACAAUUAAAGAAAAAAGGCAGACAAGGGGACCCAAUUGACUAGUUAAGCGUCGACGCGACCUGCAUUAUUUGCGGUGCUGCUACGCUAGAUUGGAAGGUCAACUAUUUGAUAGUCGAUACUAUGUUCUGGUACGGAACACUCCCCAUAGGCCCUACAGAGCCGAUUCAGUACUGUGAACCACCUGGCUAACAUAUAUCCCCCGUGCAAUCCGUACAUUCAGCUUUGCCUGUUUCCAUUCUACACUCAACCCCUGAUCGUUAACAACUCACCCUAUAUUUUCCUGAUAUCGGAAAUCAUUUGGUUUAAUCUCUUCCACUGGGGCCUCGACUUCAACUGUUUAGGUACAAAAGCAGGUGGCGUUUGCCUUUCCCCUUGCA